GGGUUCGAGUGGAACGACCUCAGCGAACUUCAACCUAACAAGGAGAACAAAAGCAUCCCGCCGAACACGAUGAGCACCACCGCCUGGCCUCCGAGCCGCUUCAGCGACCACACCGCCGCCUCGCUAACACACAACCGCUCGUGUGCGCUGGACGAGGACAGCUUACGGCUGCCGCUAGCGGUGCUAUACUCGCUCAUCUUUCUCUUCGGCCUGGCGGGAAACCUGCUAGCUUUGUGGGUCUUCCUCUUCCUGCACUCGCGCAGGAACUCCGUGCGCGUCUUCCUCAUCAACGUAGCGCUAGCGGAUCUGGUGCUGCUAUCGUGUCUUCCCUUCCGCGUGCUGUAUCACUCUCAAGGGAACGUGUGGACGCUGGGCCCGCGCAUGUGCAAGGCGGUGGGAAACCUGUUCUACAUGAACAUGUACGUUAGCAUCACCCUGCUCGGUCUCAUUAGCCUAGACCGCUACCUGAAGAUCAUCGGCGUGAGAGGCGCUCAGAGAGGCUGCGGGCCGCGCUGGCUACGAGGGAGCCGCUGGAGUCAUGUGACCUGCGUUCUGCUGUGGACCUGCUCGUUAGUGAUGGUUAUCCCCAUGAUCGCACUGGCCGAGGGCAACGAGGAGCCUGGGAAGUGUUUCCAGUACAAGCAAAGGAAACAUGCGCGUGGGAAAGCCUACUUUAACCUGUUCUUAGUGGGCGUGUUCUGGCUAGUGUUCGGGGUUCUGCUAGUGUCGUAUGCACGGAUCGCACGCCGACUGCUACGAGCGGCGCGCGACAAACCAGACCUACCGAACGCCACCCGCUACGACCGCACCGCUAAGAAGUCGUUCGUGGUUCCGCUACUCUUCACCGUGUGCUUCGUGCCGUAUCACGCCUUCAGACCCGUCUACGUAUCGUCCCAGCUUAGCGAUGCUAGCUGCGAAACGCAGAGGCUAAUGGACCGAACCAACGAGGUCAUGCUUCUGCUCUCCGCGCUCAACAGCUGCCUGGACCCCGUCAUGUACUUCAUGCUCUCGGGUUCGGUGCGCAAAGCCACGCUACAGGCGUUAGCGCAGCUAUUCCACGCGCAACACGAACCCGCUACCACCAACAGCUCCACCACUGAGUUCAGGAGGACGUCUGUCUCCGCCGACGCAGUGCUAGCUUCGUCCCGCGCGAGUCUGGGAUUGAUCAUGCUGCGCCGCUCCAAACCUGCGCUCAACACCGGCGCCGACGGAGAUCAGUGUCGCAAUCACACCGAUCAGCAGCAUCUCAGAGACCACGAGUCUCUCUGACACACUGGGCUGUGAACGCUGCAUGGGAGAGACUCAUGGGAAACCAGGACUAGCUUGAAAUGUUAGCAUGGGAAAUUUCACUUCUAUGAGCAUGUGUGGGAUAUACGGCGGGAUACACAUCUGCAAGAGAUCACUAAACAUCUGGCGUUAGUGUUCAGACACAGACAAGAAAUCAGACACAACUGGAGACAGUCAGAGCUGUCAAAACCUCAAAGACAUUACUUCCAGCAACAGCAGUGAUGCAGAGACGGCACGAGGGAACGGCGCCUCCCACUGGAGGAACUGAGUUA